AUGGCAUUUCGGCCCAAGAUGAACGACGCCAUGGACGAAGUCGUUGACCUUCGCCCUCACACCGCCCAACAGGCUGGCUCUGCCCGCAAGCCCGAUAUGCGGGUUGAUUUUUCCACGCUUGGAAACUCCGAGCUAGCCAGCAAGCUCCCCGGCUUUCUUGAGGAGAUGGCCCGUGCGAAUCGCGAGACGCAAGAGCUGAUGGCAGCCGACCCCAAGGCUGCUCGAAUUGAGAUCGAUGAUGACGAGGAGGUCGACACGCAGGUCAUCGAGAUGAAUCUCUACUCGGGCGUGCUGGAGUCGGAGGAACCAAAAAAGGAGAUUGUGAUGCCCAACGGGCAACCUUUGGCCGGGAAUGGUGCGGAUGGCGACAGCGAUGCUGAGCCAUUCAUCUCAGAGCCGGUUAGAGUCAGGCACACAACCAACAACAACCGAAAGCGCCGAGCGCCGUCUUCCUCCUCCUCCAACUCCAGUGGUAGCAGCAGUAGCAGCAGCUCUGAAGGAGAGACACGUAUUAUCAAGAUUCCAAUCCUGGAAAGCAAAAAUGCUAGGGAGGGCUCUUUGGACACACAAGCAUCUGCGGACAGCACAGAAAGCUCAGGCUCCUUCUCGCGGGAAGUAUCAUCCCCAAAGAAGAAAAUCGCCACCAAAGAAUGCAGUCCCGCCCCUCCUGUGCAAGGUCAAGACGUCCAGGACUGGGUGGAUGAUCAGCCAUCUAUGACAGGGGAUUACACCGAGAUUCCCGGGGCCCCUCCUAGGAAGAUGCUGAUUCCUCGCACCCGCGUUGGUGCUAAAGAGUCGCAACAGAAUGUUCAGGACUGGGUAAAUAACCAGGCGGAUCAAGAGGCGGAUGAAUGA